AUGGAUAGCAAUGACGGCAUUUAUUCAAAAGUGUAUCACCUCAUGUUCUUGUAUACCGUGGGCGCGUGUCAGCUGUCAAAAUAUGUAACAAAUAAGAUUAUCAAGUGCGAGCAGAAAGAACGGGAAAUAAAACGGCAGUCCAACUCGGAUCUUGAUAAGUGUUCGUUUCAGUGCUCUUCGUUCCGAACAUUCAAGCUGGAUAAUUCAAUAGUAAAUCGAUACCUCAGCAUAGCCGACGACGAAUUCGUCUGGUCGGUCGAUCAGGAUAUCCGCGAGUUUGUCCAGAAGACGAACCAAAAAAGCGUGCUCAUCUUCCCUCCGGUCAACAACUAUAGGCGAUUCCUGAUCCACAAAGUGUGCGCGAGCCUCGCCGGAGAUCAUGAUCUGGUGACGUUCUCUAUUGGCGUUGGCAGCGAGCGGCGCACGGUGGUCUGCUAUCGCCAUCAGCUGCUGCGAGACGUCAAGGCGAUCUCAACGAAAAGCUUCGAAGAAACGACUGACAGUAUCCCGCAUCAUCUCAGCUGGCGGAGUACGACCGUUGGACCAGCGACGGUGGUUACAUCGAAUGCUGCCAGUGCGACCAGUUUUGCUGCACGAUGCAGUGAUGCCAACUGUGGAGUACCCUCAAACAUUUGUGCUGGUGAUAGUGCUAUAAGUGGUUCUAGUGGUGUCAGUGGGAGUUCCUCGAGCGGCAAGAAACGUGCAAAACGUGACUCGCUUGCUAGUGCCGUUUGUAGUAGUGGUAGUAGUGAUAGCAAAAUGGGUGCAGAAACAGUGGCCGUAAAUCAUCAUCAUCACCAUCAUCACCAUGCUUACUUUGGCGCGAGCAAUGAGUGUGGAUCGCUUAAAGCUCCGCCGUUAGCAUCUUCGCCUCCGUCGACGGUUGGAAAGUUCUCCCCGGUCGAGAUCUAUCGGCCACCCGCCGCUCGAAAAGCGCUAAAGCUCUCGGAAAGUGUUAUCCAGCUUGCACCCCCAGCAGCAAGUGAACAUCCCAACGAAUAUAAUCACCACCCCGACAGGAGGUUGGAACCUGUUGAAUCAUCGCCAAAGCCUUCUCGUGGUGACACUUGUGCCGGCAGCAUCCACAAUAACAUAAACAACAACGCGGGCAACGACAAGAGCAACAGCUGCAGGACUGGCGGCCAAGAUAGUGACAGUGCUAGAAACGAUAGUAGUAACACAUCAUCGAAAGUGGUGGUAGCUGGGAGCAAACUCGAUGCAACAGCACAAUUAUUAUCACUAACAGCAGACAACAACAAUAACAGUGAUCCGCCACAGCAGACACUUGCUUCUGCUGCUGCAGGAAAUCAAAACGACGCUAGAUCCACUCGUCCACCCCGGGAACGGCGACCGGACCGUGCAGUUUACAUUCCACGGGCUCGCCGAAGUCUAACAAUUCCACCGGUGACAGCACCGGAACAACAAGCUGCGACGACAACCUUCCCGACAGCUGCAUUUUCGCCGACGUCAACACAUCCCAUCAUCAUCCCUGGCUCGAUCAGUUCACCACCAAAACCGGCCAAGAAAGAACGUAUCCCCGUCAUCAGUUGUUGCCAAAUCACUAGUGGCGAGAAAGAUCGUAAACCACCUAAGGCGAAGGAAAAACCACUCCCGACUGCUACUACUACUACUACUAAUACUGCCGGUGCAACCGGUAACUCUGUGAUAGAUUGUCAACACUCGAAGCCUAACAGCGCCGACAACGGAUGCUCGCAUCCUUCGUUAACCGGGUUCAAAAACCGUAGUCAUAGUGUGGAGGAAAGCAUAUCCUCGACGGAAAAAAAUCAGGAGAUUGUGAAGCUAAAAAAGCAGAAAUCUGAAGAGGUACCACGAGAGACCGCAAUCCAAGACUGUGAUCUCCUGGGUAAGACCCACGACAGAAAGGAACGCUCCGGUUGCAGUAUUUUAACGGAUCUGAACGGAAGUACAAAUCUAAAAGUGGUGGAUAACAUGAAUAGAUCCAACAAACAGCGCAGUCCCAAGCAGCCGACGACCAUCGCUGCUCCCCUAAUCAUCAAUGAUAAUGCCUCGGAGAAGAUUGAUAAAGAUGAGAAAGAGUUGAGGCGAGCAUCGCAAGAGAUCAAUCGUAGCAAUCGGAGGAUCAUCAAGCAAACGUUCGCUUCCAACGUUUUGGAGAUUGGGGAACACGACUCGGUUGAUAGGGAAUCUAACGUGGACAAGACUAAUGAUCAUCAUGGUAGACAACAGGAUGCGUUGAGACACGUCAAUCCGGAAGAGGACGAUUGGGAAACCAUGUAUGAUGAUAAUGGGGAUUGUCUGAACCCGAAGCUAAUGGAAGAACUGACAUCGGCGGUGGGGAAGGUUUCGAUUGAGGUUCCACGCUCGGAUUAUAAGCUGUACCAAUCGAAGCAAGCGGCACUGAACGAGGAAGAAUUCCCCCAUGUGCUGGAGGUAUCCAACUUCCCGGUGGAGUUCAAAACACAGGAUCUCAUGAUGCUUUUUUCCCAGUACAAAGAGUCUGGUUUCGAUAUUAAGUGGGUAGAUGAUACCCACGCCCUAGCUGUGUUUAGUAGUUCCAAAAUCGCUGCCGAAGUUCUUGCCAAUGGCCACACAUUCGUUAAGCUGAAACCACUGGCCGAAGCCACGGUGGAAUCGCGUACCAAAGCCCGCAAAUGUUCCAGCUCGCUGCAACCGUAUCGUCCGCGGCCAGAAACCUGCGCUGCACUGGCUCGACGGCUCGUGACGACAGCGCUGGGUGUUCGACUGAAAACCGCCCCCGAGGAGCGCGAAAAUGAACGACGCGUUCUCCGGGAAGCCAAAGAACGCAAACUUCUCGCAGCGAAGCAACGGGAUGAAAUCUGGGAGAGCUAAAAAUAUAAUUAGUUUUUAUAUUUACAUCUGUUUUGAGUCGCUGCCAUAGUAUUGUGAAUGUUGUUAACCAAUAAUCUCUCCAGGUCUAUCCGGUUGCGGAUUAUAUUCUCUCAUCGGUGCCUUCCUGCGCAUGCGUGUGUUUGGAUUGCUUCCUAUCGCUUUGGAAAGGACAGCUUCAGUGAUCAAUGAUAUUUUUCUACGCAUUGCUAAGCUAGUUAUUGAAUGGGGGAGCGCCCAUAUAGGUGAAAUGCGACUGAGGUUCGGUUUAAGGUUAAGUUUUUAACCUGUUCAUCUUACUCCCCGUUUACCACACACAGAUGUACCUUAAGAAUGUAAACCAUAGCAACCAGGUACACUGGAGAGAAACGAGAAAAAAACAAUAAGAAUUAUAUAUUUAAAAACUAUUAUUGUAGACAGUAAUUGUAAGUGCGAACGAUGAGAAUGUUUAUUUACAGGUUUUUAUCAUAUGCAAUUUGUAUUGUGAGAAUAUAACAUGUAAUUUUUAUCAUGAAAAUAAACAGAAAUGAUUAGGAAAUUAUAAGAGACAUGCGUCUCUUACGGUUGAAA